CACUACAUGUCACGUGACUUUGUGUUUUUGACCUGGUAUACGAGGUAUAAUCUAAUACGAUACAGGACACUUUCCUUGUAGAUCUGUCUUAUCUGUAUACAUCCAGGCUGGACAGGAAGGUCAACAAUGGCGAUAUGUCUGAGACUCCUUUCUGUCUCCACACUGUUGGGACUGACGACAGGGUUUCUGUUUACGAGACAAGUAUGCUAUGAACACAUCGGCUGUUUUAGUAAUGCCAGUCCAUUCAACAAUGCCAAGGGUUAUCUACCUGAGACGUCGGAACACAUUCAACCAAAGUUCAUGCUUUUCACUCGACAUAAUCCAACGCACGCCCAUUUGUUAGACCCAUACCACAGUUCAACCGUCACGAAUGGUCACUUCGACGGUGACAGGGACACAAAGCUCAUUAUCCACGGAUUUCAGGACAAUGGACAUUCCACAUGGAUGCAUGACAUGACCAAAGCUUUCUUAGAUGCGGAGCACGUGAACGUGAUCGUGGUGGACUGGUCCCUAGGGGCUGACAAUAUAAACUACAUUCAGGCGGCCGCUAAUACUCGGGUAGUGGGCGCCACAAUAGCUAAACUUCUAGAGAUGCUCCAUCAUGCCACUAGGCUUCCGUACAGUAAGGUCCACCUGAUAGGUCAUAGUCUGGGCUCCCAUAUAGCAGGCUACGCCGGGAGGCGAGUCCACGGCAUAGGCAGAAUUACAGGGCUGGAUCCUGCCGGGCCGCUCUUCGAAAACUUUGACGCUGAAGUAAGGCUGGACCCAACAGACGCGACGUUUGUUGACGUCAUUCAUACUGACUCCGACUCCCUGCUGGAGCUAGGAUUUGGUUUGGAGAAAGCGCUUGGACAUGCAGAUUUUUAUCCAAAUGGCGGCGAGAAACAACCGGGAUGUACAAAGGAAGCCAGCCAUCAUCUGUUCAAUCUGAUCACCCUUCAAAUAGAGCAAUUCACAGGGACCAUUGCCUGUAGUCAUAUGCGGGCUAUAGACUUGUUCACUGCGUCCAUUCCGUCGGCCGGUUGCUCUUUCACUGCAUACCCAUGCAACAGCAAAGCGGACUUUGACGCUGGAAGAUGCCAUUCAUGUGGCCAUGGAUGCUCAGAGAUGGGAAACCGUGCCAGCGUGCAUACAGCUCACGGGAAAUUCUACUUGUCAACAACUGGGCAUCAACCAUUCUGCCAAUGAAAAUGUACAUUUGGAAAAAAUAUAAUGUUAUAUAUUGCACAUAUCAAGCCUAGUAAAUAUAGUUUUAACAUUCGCAAGCAUUGAUGCUUGACUGAAGUUAUUGGGAUUUCUCAAUUAAACAUUUUGUUUAUCAUUCUAGAAUAUCAAAGGUUGUCUCGUGUUUUCUAAGGAUCCUGCUGUCGUGUAUUUUGGUAUGACGCUUUGUUAGUGUCUGCUUAGCUUUCCAAUUAUACCCGUGUGUAAUAACAUGUAAAUUGUAGCAUAUUUAUGUGUUCUGUAUUUAUAUACAAAAAUAUCAGAAGUCGCGAAUUUGUAUACGUUUCCCCUGAUUUCUUACCUGGUUGCAAUUAUAAAAAGGGUUUUAAACAAAUGAUCAUAUCAUUGUCUCGACUGACUACCCUUGACAGCGUUAGGCCUUAUUAAGUUCAGACGAAAGGUCAGACACUCGAGUCUAUAUGUACUGCUGGUGUUCCACUGAUCAUUGAUACGUGAACGGUGUGACACACGUGUUAACACAGCACAUGGUUAGCAGAUAUGUGGGUCAAAAUACUAGAGAAAUAGUCACAAUACUGUGUUAAUGUUUACCGUAUAACAACUUCGACAUAAUUGAGUGAUUGUUCAGAAUUUAAUCCCCAAACGUGAUACUUAUUAACGCAAAUGAUUUCUAGUUAUGCUUCUCAAAAUGAUCUGUUGUAGUACUUUGGUAACAUUCAAGCCAGUUUCAUUAAGUUAGCUCAAGCCUUUGGGAUAGUGUUGAAAUAGUCGUUAACUUUUGAUUCUAACGUCUACAAGAUCCAUUGAGUGACUGGCGUAUUAUUUGGUGGGAACGAACUUGGCGACCGACCAUCUUAAAGGGACAAUUGAGUCGAAUAACAAUAAACCAAUCGUAAUGAAGGUUAAUAUGAUAGAUAAUAAGAAGAUAAUGUGUUGCCAAUGUCCAAUAUAUAGGUAUCGAUAGUUCGUAAGGCAUAUCGAACAGCAAUUUCGAUGAAAGAUUGUGUGACAAAAUAAAUAUACACGUGACUAAAUUAUCCCUAGAACAGUAAGCAUGCUCGAUUCUCGGAUGGUUUCUCUAAUAUGAAAUAACCUCUCCUUGCGCUAAAUUAAAUCGGCGGAAAAGAGAAAAUGUUGAUGAAAAAAGUGUAAACGAAAUAAAAAAGAAAUUAAAAAAACCCUCAAGAACAAUAAAUAAAUAAAUAAAUGGGAAUGUAUAAACAAAAUAUAAAACAGAUUUAAAGGACGUGAUAAUACGACCAGGUGUUUCAAAGUGAUAAGCGUCUCCUGCUUCAUUGAGAGCGCAUGCGAUUUAAUCUAGUGAGACGCCGUGC